CAGCUUAAACGAAAGAAUUGUCCUUAUCUACUUGCAGGCUGAAACGGCCUCUUUAUUUGUUAUUCUUUCCCCAGCACAGCACCCAGGACCAAGGAAGCACUCUGGGAGACCCCCACGGAUCAUGCACCAAGAAUUCAGUUCAGGUGCUUGGCAGACGGGCACCAGUAUCUACUAGCCAGCAAGAUGGAGACCCUGUCCUUACAUUCCCAGAAGGAGCUGACAGUGUGUAAGGCUGAAGACCGCCAGGAAAGUGGAGUUCCACCGAAGGGGGUCCCUGCCCCUGGGGAUGAGGUGUCCAGCCAGCUCUCCAACGGGUACUCAGCGGUUCUGAGCCCCAGUGAAGAAGAUGACUCUCAGCACUGCAUCCCAGCUGCCACCACCGCCCAGGCGGCUGAGGUUCACCAAGGGGAACGAGAGACCUGGGGCAAGAAGAUGGACUUCCUCCUGUCGGUCAUUGGCUACGCCGUGGACCUGGGCAAUGUCUGGCGCUUUCCCUACGUGUGUUACCAGAAUGGAGGCGGGGCGUUCCUUAUCCCCUACACCAUCAUGGCCAUUUUUGGAGGGGUCCCACUCUUCUACAUGGAGCUCGCGCUGGGCCAGUACCACCGAAACGGGUGCAUUUCAGUAUGGAGGAAAAUCUGCCCCAUUUUCAAAGGGAUCGGCUACACUAUCUGCAUCGUUGCCUUUUACACCUCCUUCUACUACAACACCAUCAUGGCCUGGGCGCUCUACUACCUCGUCUCCUCCUUCACCGCCCGGCUGCCCUGGACCAGCUGCGAGAACCCCUGGAACACGGGCAACUGCACCAACUACUUCUCUGAGGGCAACGCCACCUGGACAGUCUACUCCACAUCGCCUGCGGAGGAGUUUUACACGCGCCACAUCCUGCAGAUCCACCGGUCGGAGGGGCUCCAGGACCUGGGGGGCAUCAGCUGGCAGCUUGUCCUCUGCAUCACGCUGAUCUUCACUAUCAUCUACUUCAGCAUCUGGAAAGGAGUCAAAACAUCCGGCAAGGUGGUAUGGGUGACAGCCACCUGCCCUUAUAUCAUCCUGUUGGUCCUGCUGGUCAGGGGGGCCACCCUCCCCGGAGCCUGGAGGGGUGUUGUCUUCUACUUGAAACCCAACUGGCAGAAACUCCUGGAGACAGAGGUGUGGGUGGCUGCUGCCUCCCAGAUCUUCUUCUCUCUUGGUCCUGGCUUUGGGGUUCUACUGGCUUUCGCUAGCUACAACAAAUUCAACAACAACUUUUAUCAAGACGCCCUGGUGACCAGCGUGGUGAACUGCAUGACGAGCUUGGUUUCGGGAUUCGUCAUUUUCACGGUGCUUGGCUACAUGGCUGAGAUGAGGAAGGAAGAGGUGUCCGAGGUGGCCAAAGACACAGGCCCCAGCCUCCUCUUCAUUGCAUAUGCGGAAGCCAUAGCCAACAUGCCGGCAUCCACAUUCUUCGCCAUCAUCUUCUUCUUGAUGUUAAUCACACUGGGGUUGGAUAGCACGUUUGCAGGCUUGGAGGGGGUGAUCACAGCUGUGCUGGACGAGUUUCCGCACAUCUGGUCCAAGCGCCGGGAGCUGUUUGUGCUCUGUGUGGUUGUUACCUGCUUCUUCGGGUCCCUGGUCACCCUGACUUUUGGCGGGGCCUACGUGGUGAAGCUGCUGGAGGAGUACGCCACGGGCCCCGCGGUGCUCACCGUCGCCCUGAUAGAGGCUGUCGCCGUGUAUUGGUUCUACGGCAUCGCCCGGUUCUGCAGCGAUGUGAAGGAGAUGCUGGGUUUCAGUCCGGGAUGGUUCUGGAGGAUCUGCUGGGUGGCCAUCAGUCCCCUGUUUCUCCUGUUCAUCAUUUGCAGUUUUUUGAUGAGCCCGCCGCAGCUGCGACUUUUCCAGUAUAAUUAUCCUCACUGGAGCACCAUCCUGGGCUACUGCAUAGGAACCUCGUCUUUCCUCUGUGUCCCCACGUAUGUGAUUUACCGGCUGAUCAGCACUCCAGGGACUCUGAAGGAGCGUAUGAUUAAAAGUAUCACUCCAGAAACGCCAACAGAACUUGCCGGAGGGGACAUCCGCUUGAAUGCCGUAUAA